AUGGCGCAUUCCAGAAUAUCCAUCGCCGCGAUGCGCAGCGCGCUCGUCCGAAGCUCCGCGCAGCAGUGCCAGCGCUGCUUCUCUAACGCGGCGCUGCAGACCAAGCUCGCCCGGUCCGGCGCCGCCGCCAUCAACCACAGCGUCCGCGCACGACUUCCCAUGACGCAGAAGCGCACAAAGUACAGCACCGUCGAGCAGGCUAAGAGCCGGCAUAGCACUGGGCCGUUUUCCUGGAAGGCCGGACUGCUGUUCGUCGCGACCUGCGGCGUCCUAGUCUGGUACUUUGAACACGAAAAGGAGCGCAUGCAGCGCCUGAGAAUCGCCGAGGCCAACAAGGGUGUCGGCAAGCCGCUGGUCGGCGGUUCUUUUGAGCUGACCGACCACGACGGCAAGCCCUUUACCAGCGAGAUGAUGAAGGGCAAAUACGCAUUGGUCUACUUUGGCUUCACUCGCUGCCCCGACAUCUGCCCCGAAGAGCUCGACAAGAUGGCUCGCAUGCUCGACAUUGUCAAGGAGCGCGCGCCGCCCGGCAGCCUGCUGCCCAUCUUCAUCACCUGCGACCCCGAGCGCGACGACCCCGCGGCCCUCAAGGGCUACCUCGCCGAGUUCCACCCCGACUUCAUCGGCCUGACGGGCACGUACGAGCAGAUCAAGGACACGUGCAAAAAGUACCGCGUCUACUUUAGCACGCCGCAAAACGUCAAGCCCGGCCAGGACUACCUCGUCGACCACAGCAUAUACUUUUACCUCAUGGACCCCGACGGCGACUUUGUCGAGGCGCUCGGCCGCCAGCACUCGCCCGACGAGGGUGCCAAGCUGAUCCUGGACCACAUGAAGGACUGGGCUAAGAGGUAG